AUGUCCAAUCCAGUGCUCCUCAUACCACUCACUGUCCGAUCCAGUGCUCCUCCCACCAGUCACUAUAUCCAAUCCAGUGGAGCUCCUCCCAACAGUCACUAUGUCCAAUCCCGUGCUCCUCAUACCACUCACUGUCCGAUCCAGUGCUCCUCCCACCAGUCACUAUGUCCAAUCCAGUGCUCCUCAUACCACUCACUGUCCGAUCCAGUGCUCCUCCCACCAGUCACUAUAUCCAAUCCAGUGGAGCUCCUCCCACCAGUCACUAUGUCCAAUCCCGUGCUCCUCAUACCACUCACUGUCCGAUCCAGUGCUCCUCCCACCAGUCACUAUGUCCAAUCCAGUGCUCCUCAUACCACUCACUGUCCAAUCCCGUGCUCCUCAUACCACUCACUGUCCGAUCCAGUGCUCCUCCCACCAGUCACUAUAUCCAAUCCAGUGGAGCUCCUCCCACCAGUCACUAUGUCCAAUCCCGUGCUCCUCAUACCACUCACUGUCCGAUCCAGUGCUCCUCCCACCAGUCACUAUAUCCAAUCCAGUGGAGCUCCUCCCACCAGUCACUAUGUCCAAUCCCGUGCUCCUCAUACCACUCACUGUCCGAUCCAGUGGAGCUCCUCCCACCAGUCACUAUGUCCAAUCCAGUGCUCCUCCCACCAGUCACUAUGUCCAAUCCAGUGCUCCUCCCACCAGUCACUAUGUCCAAUCCAGUGCUCCUCCCACCAGUCACUAGGUCCAAUCCAGUGCUCCUCCCACCAGUCACUAUGUCCAAUCCAGUGCUCCUCCCACCAGUCACUAUGUGCAAUCCAGUGCUCCUCCCACCAGUCACUAUGUCCAAUCCAGUGCUCCUCAUACCACUCACUGUCCGAUCCAGUGCUCCUCCCACCAGUCACUAUAUCCAAUCCAGUGGAGCUCCUCCCACCAGUCACUAUGUCCAAUCCCGUGCUCCUCAUACCACUCACUGUCCGAUCCAGUGCUCCUCCCACCAGUCACUAUGUCCAAUCCAGUGCUGCUCAUACCACUCACUGUCCGAUCCAGUGCUCCUCCCACCAGUCACUAUGUCCAAUCCAGUGCUGCUCAUACCACUCACUGUCCAAUCCCGUGCUCCUCAUACCACUCACUGUCCGAUCCAGUGCUCCUCCCACCAGUCACUAUAUCCAAUCCAGUGGAGCUCCUCCCACCAGUCACUAUGUCCAAUCCCGUGCUCCUCAUACCACUCACUUUCCGAUCCAGUGCUCCUCCCACCAGUCACUAUAUCCAAUCCAGUGGAGCUCCUCCCACCAGUCACUAUGUCCAAUCCCGUGCUCCUCAUACCACUCACUGUCCAAUCACCCUUUCAAGAGUAUUGUGACCCUUUAUACUGCUGGAUCGUGA